AAACCUAAUUCAGAAUACCAUACAGAUGCAGUCAUGGGAUUAUCAUGGAAUAAACAUCAUAGAAACCUGUUAGCUAGCUCUUCUGCCGAUUCAACUGUAAAAUUAUGGGACCUUCAAUCAUUAAAAUGCGCACAUUCGUUUGAUUAUCACAAAGACAAAGUGCAACAAGUGGAAUGGCAUUCCAUUGAGCCUACCAUCAUGUUGACCGCAUCUUUUGAUAAAACUGUGGUUGCAUUUGAUAGUCGUACAUCUAAAAAUGUCGCGUCUUGGAGUCUCGGAGAUGCGGAUCCAGAAUGUGUACGCUGGGAUCCAUUUACUCCUCAGUAUUUCUACGUGAGUACAGAAUCUGGGUUGGUUUUGUGUUUUGACACGAGAAACUCUGUCAAGACAGCGCCAGUCUUCACAUUACAUGCGCAUGAUGCUGCUGUAACAUCUUUGGAUGUAAAUCGAUCGGUUAGAGGAUGUGUAGUUACUGGAUCAACGGAUAAAAUGGUGAAGGUUUGGAAUAUUAAGGAUAUGAAACCAUCUAUUGUCACGAGCCGAGAUUUGGGCGUGGGAAAAGUUUUUGCUGCGCAAUUUUGUUUAGACCUACCUUUUCAUCUGGCAGUAGCUGGUUCAGGGGGGAAAGUACACAUUUGGGAUUUGUCAACCAAUGCAGGAGUAAGAAAAUCAUUUAAAGAUACAAUAAGACCUUUCGAAAGCAAUAUAUGCACAGCAGAUAAAACUGUCUCCAUCGUGCAAGAUGAAGAAAGCGAGAAUGAUGAUGACGAAGAGGAGAUAGAUCUGGAAGAAAUAGAAAAUGAUAGUGGAGAUGAU